AUGUUAUAUUUGGUAAUGCCGACUAUGAAAUUCAACUUUAAGAAUGUUUUGAAACUGUUCAUCAAUCACGAAUCGCCGAAGCAAACUGGCGUGAUGAUUCCAAUUCCACAGUAUCCACUGUACUCAGCCACCGUUGCAGAAUUCGGACUUGGCCAGGCUAGUUUGAUUAUUAAUAUCAGUAUUAUUGUAUCUCAUGCUUGCGUUGGCUACUAUCUCGAAGAGGAAAAAAAUUGGGCUCUCGAAAUCAGUGAACUUGAGCGUGCGCUAAAGGAAUCGAGAAGCAAAUAUGACACCCGUGUGCUCUGUGUCAUUAAUCCUGGCAAUCCAACUGGUCAAGUGCUAUCCAGAGAAAAUAUCGAAGAGAUCAUUCGUUUUGCGGUCAAAAAUGACUUGUUCCUAAUGGCUGAUGAGGUUUAUCAAGACAAUAUCUAUGCAGAAGGCUCAAAGUUCCAUAGUUUCAAGAAAGUGAUGAUGAGUAUGGGUGAACCGUAUUCGAAGCACGAGUUAGCCUCGUUCCACUCGGUUUCGAAAGGAUAUAUGGGCGAAUGUGGAAUGCGAGGAGGUUAUGCCGAGCUAGUGAAUCUAGAUCCUGAAGUGUUUGCAAUGUUCAAGAAGAUGAUCUCCGCUAAACUUUGUUCCACCAUUUUAGGACAGACAGUGAUGGAUUGUGUUGUGAACCCUCCCAAACAAGGUGAUCCGUCAUAUGAUUUAUGGUUAAAGGAGAAGACAGCCACAUUGAAUUCGUUGAAAGAACGCGCGAGGUUGGUCAAAGAAGCUUAUGGCGCAAUUGAAGGUAUCAAAUGUAAUCCAGUUCAAGGAGCCAUGUAUGCCUUCCCGCAAAUUAUGCUGCCCCCCAAGGCUAUCCAGAAAGCUAAGUCUUUGAACCAAGCACCAGAUUUCUUCUAUGCUAUGCAGCUGCUAGAAGCUACUGGCGUUUGCGUUGUCCCUGGGAGCGGGUUCGGUCAGAAGGAUGGUACCUACCACUUCCGAACAACGAUUCUACCUCAACCAUCAUUAAUGAAAGAAAUGUUGGAACGCUUCAAAGGAUUCCAUGCCAGUUUCAUAAAGCAGUAUUCAUAA